AUGAAUAUUAAAGAGGAAAAAAAGACUGAUUUUAGUAAUUCCUCCUUCAAUGAUAUUCAAGCAAAAUUGGACAAAAAGUUAGGUCCCGAAUACAUCUCUAAAAGAAUUGGCUUUGGGUCUAAUAGGGUGGCUUAUAUUGAAGGUUGGAGGGCAAUCAAUUUAGCUAAUCAAAUAUUUGGCUAUAAUGGUUGGUCAACAGAAGUUAAACAAGUUAUUAUAGAUUUCCUAGAUGAAAGACAAGGUAAAUUUUGUAUUGGUUGCACAGCUAUUGUAAGGGUGACAUUAGCAAAUGGUACAUUCAGAGAAGAUAUUGGUUAUGGUACUGUUGAAAAUGAACGCCGUAAAGCAGCUGCUUUUGAAAGAGCUAAAAAAUCUGCUGUUACUGAUGCAUUAAAAAGGUCAUUGCGUUCCUUUGGUAAUGCUUUAGGGAACUGUUUAUAUGAUAAAGAUUUUCUGGCUAAAAUUGAUAAAGUUAAAUUUGACCCUCCUGAUUUUGAUGAAAAUAAUUUAUUUAGACCUUCAGAUGAAAUAAGUGAAGUUUCUAGAUCUGGCACUAUAGAUAUGGAUAACACAUGUGCUAAUAUCAACAAUUCCAGCAACAGCAGUACCAACACCGCCACUGCCACUUCUGUUGCCACUACCAGUAAUCAAUAUAUUCCCAACAAACGUCGACAACUUUUAAAAGUUGGAGAACCAUCCACUAAUACUACUAUCAAUGACAAUAAAUCUGCUGCUACAUCAGUUUCUUCUAAUAUAACUUCAAAUCCCUUUGAUGAAAAUGCUCAAAAUAGAUAUAAUAGAACAACCAAAAACACUAUAACCAAACAAGAACAAGAAGAUCUUUUAGAUGAUUCAUUAAUGUUUAGUGAUGAUUUUCAAGAUGAAGAUUUUGCUAUUACAUCCAAUCAAAACCAUCUCAUUGCAAAUACUAAUAGUGAAACCAAUGAAGGUAAAGAAAACUUAAAUACAGAUUUGAAUUACCCCGUAACAUUUGUGACGGGCAAAGGAGCGGUUUCUUUACAAAAUAAGCAGAUAUCUAAUGAGACAGUUUUUAAUCCCAAAUACCAAGCUCAGUCGAUUAAACAUAUACUAGAUCAAACCACCUCUAAACAUGUUCCCGCUAAUAUCUUAAAGGAAAAACCUACAUCCAAAGAGAAAAUAUACAAUCAAUAUGCCCCUAAAGGAAAAGGUAUUGGACAGCGUGAGGACAGUUCUGAUCAGUAUAACAAAAAUGAAUCAUCGGACAAAAUAUCUAUUAACUCAACAGAUAAUGAUACAAAUAAUAAACCAAUAACAACAGAUUCUUUUAAAGAGCCUAAAAAAACACCUCAACAAACUGUUAUAGCUAGCAAUAAAAAAUUUGCACCACCGUCAUCUGUAGUUCAUCCAAAUUCAUAUUUAGCUGUGCAAAAUAAUCAACAAAUAACUCCUGGUAGAAGAGAAGUAGGAAGACCUAAAGUAAAUCCAUUACAAUUACGUAAGCCUAACCCAUAA